UUUAAGCGUGAAGGUUCACAGAGUUUGGUCACCAAAAGAAAAGGAAUAGAACAAAGACGAGCAAGUAUCAAGAAGCCAGGUAAAUUACUCAGAAAAAAAGUGUUUAAACUGAAGUUAUUCGUCCGAAAGUUUCGCUUCCAGACCUUCUUUGACUCUGUAAAUAGCGGAUGGAAGUUAAAAAAUCCUUACAACUUUAAAGAAAAUAUUUCAAAGGUAGAUUCCUCUUAGUGCAAGCGUUUAGACCUCCUUGAUGAGAAAGGGACACUGGACCACUAUUAAUAUCACUGCAAAAGAUACAAUGAAAUAAUUUUUCGUGUAAAAUUUAUAUCUGUUUACUCUUGUUUCCUCGGUUCCCUCCAAGACUACCAACCAAAUGCAGGAACGGAAAACGGAGCCCCAUUGGAAGAUUUUUCAAUUAUACCCAGACUUAUUCUGAGGCGUCCGGUCCUGAAAAGACCAAAAAUUACCCAUCUAUGCAUAUUACACCUCGAAUAAUUUUUCCAACAUAUCGCAAACUUAAGCAGAGCAAUUGAAUUCACUGCAAAUUUAACUUUGUGUUUCUACACUCAUAACUACGAUAAACUCGGUAAUCAUGUUUUUUCUCGAGAUUAAAUGUCAAUGACAACUUAACUUGAGUUGAAUGAAGUGAUCAGAAUUUCAAAAACAUGCUCUUGAACAUUCUAAGGCAGCUCUUUAAACAAACUUUAUAGGAGCGUACUUCACCAGUUAAAACCCGACAAAAUUUUUUGUUUCUCGCAACUUCUUUUGUAUGGGGAGCAAUGUCGUGAUUGUAGCUGCUGUGUCUUAGUAACUUAAAUUCUGUAUUCUGUAUGUUUUAUCUCAAAAAGCUUCUCUAUGAUCUUUUGGUUCGAUAAGUUAAAUAAUCAUAGCCCUUGAUUUGUUCAGUUGCGAAACUCACGUUUGGUAAAGGAACGUCGUCAAUGACAAUCAAUGUUGGCUAUGAAUCGUGAGGUAAGCCACCAAACGUUCUUUGAUCUACUUUACAGUUCAGUCUGUGGAAGUCUCUAGGAUAAUUCUAAAUAUCGUUUCAUUUAAAACUUUCUUGUCAGAUCAGUUACAUCCUGUUAUGAUGGCCUCGAUCUCCUUUAUUUGCUUUCUCUUCCUCCUCGGACUCACUGGUGCACACCCAGUAGCCGAUGAAAGUAGGUCAUAUUUAUUUUCAUUUUUUACCAGAAAUAAAAAAUUCCGUUUAGGUAAAUAGUUACUUACUUUUGAAGGAUUUUUUCAACUUGAAGGCAUGAAGUCGAGGAAUCUAGUCAAUGGUCAAGAAAAUGAACCAAGAAUGCAGUAUGAUUCAAUUAAAGCAUUACCUCCUGUAAACGGCAUGGAGGAUGAGCCAGUCAGGGAUCUUAUGAACGCACGACCGCGUGGUGCACACCCAGUAGCCGAUGAAAGUAGGUCAUAUUUAUUUUCAUUUUUUACCAGAAAUAAAAAAUUCCGUUUAGGUAAAUAGUUACUUACUUUUGAAGGAUUUUUUCAACUUGAAGGCAUGAAGUCGAGGAAUCUAGUCAGUGGUCAAGAAAAUGAACCAAGAAUGCAGUAUGAUUCAAUUAAAGCAUUACCUCCUGUAAACGGCAUGGAGGAUGAGCCA